UUACCGGUAAAAAACGCGUCAAUGACCAAGCCUGUUUUACCAUACCGGUCAGAAAAAUGCUGAUCUCUGAUUGGUUAAUACAUGUCCAAUCACAGUUUAGAAUUCCCAACGGCAUACAACUGUUUAUUUGUUCUAUCAGAUAAGGAUUUUCAUUGAGAACUUGGUGCAAUGGGGGAAAACAAAUCAAUAUAUAAACAUUUCUCUGCAUUACCUCUGCAACCUAACCAAAAAUUAAAAUCGUAUUCAUGUAACUAUUGCAAGAAAAAGUAUGCAGAAAACAUUACUCGCAUGCGAAAACAUCUUUAUAAAGAGUGUAGAAGUUGUCCUCAAGACUUACGGAAACUUUUAAAACCAUGUAAACCUCGUAAACGAAAUAAUUCUCAUCUAAACAGCACAGACGACUCAUUUACUAUUGAAGAUUUGAAUGAAGCAGACAAUAGAGCAAGUACUUCAAUGAUUUCAAAUGAAAAUUUACCAAAUAAUAUAAGUGUUUGUAGCAAUAACUAUAAAAAAAAUACAAUCGAUAGUUUUUGUGAUAAAAUGUCAAAAAAAGAUGAAGAUUCUCUACAAGAACUACUUGCAGAAGCGAUUUAUGCAUCUGGUACACCAUUAUGUAUAACAGAAAAUCCAUAUUGGCUAAAAUUUUUUAACGCAUUACGGCCUUCAUUUAAUUUGCCAUCAAGAAAUCAAAUAUCAAAUAAUCUUUUAGAUUCAGUAUUCGUUAGAACACAAAAUAUGGUUAAUGAAAAAAUUGAAUCUGCUACUACUGUUGGAGUGCAAUGUGACGCAUGGUCUAAUAUUCGCAAAGAAGGAAUCAUCAAUUUUAUUGUAACAACCCCAGCGCCAGUUUUUUUCAAAACAUUUCCAACUGGAACCGAAUCACAAACUGCCUUAUAUAUUUCUGAAAAAAUAGGAAGUGUUAUUGAUGCUUUGGGAAUUAAAAAAGUUAUCGGAAUUUGUACAGAUAAUUGUGCUGCAAUGAAAAGUGCUUGGACUUUGAUAGAUCAAAAGUAUAAUGUCGACAAAUUGUAUUGUUAUGGUUGUGCUGCUCACAUUCUUAACCUACUCAUGAAAGAUAUUGGUAGUCAAGCAACUGUUGAAACUUUGGUGACAAGUGCAACAGCUAUUGUAAAAGGAAUAAAAGAAGUACAAAUAAUGUCAGCGAUUUUCAAAGAAAUUCAAUCUCAAGAUGAACGUAGAGUAUUUAUUACCUUAAAAUUACCAGCUAAGACAACCAGUACCAAAAAAUACAGAAGAAGAAUGGGAAGAAGAUGAGGAAAGUAAUAAAGGAGAGGAUGAAAUAAGUGAAAUUUGUGCUGAGCAUAAAGAAGUUGAAUUUUUAGAAGAAGAAUUUACUCAAGACUAAUUAGUGAUGUUGAUGGAAUUGAAUCAGUAUUAGACUUGUUAUUUCCUAAUGAAAUAUGUCAAUUAUUA